AUGAAAGGUCUAAUUCUAGUCGGUGGUUACGGUACCAGAUUGAGACCAUUGACUUUGACAGUGCCUAAGCCAUUGGUGGAAUUCGGUAACAGACCAAUGAUUCUGCACCAAAUCGAAGCCUUGGCCGCUGCCGGCGUCACUGACAUUGUUUUGGCGGUCAACUACAGACCAGAAGUGAUGGUUGAAACCCUACAGAAGUACGAGAAGGAAUACGGUGUGAACAUCACGUUCUCGGUGGAAACUGAGCCUUUGGGCACGGCUGGUCCGUUGAAACUUGCCGAAAAGGUGUUGAAGAAGGACAAGUCGCCUUUCUUUGUGUUGAACUCGGACGUGAUCUGCGACUACCCAUUCCAGGAGCUUGCCGACUUCCACAAUGCUCACGGGGGCAAGGGUACAAUUGUGGCCACCAAGGUCGACGAGCCUUCCAAGUACGGUGUCAUUGUGCAUGACAUCGCCACCCCAAACCUGAUCGACCGUUUCGUCGAGAAGCCAGUCGAGUUUGUGGGUAACAGAAUUAAUGCUGGUUUGUACAUUCUAAACCCCGAGGUUAUCGACCUCAUUGACUUGAAACCAACCUCGAUUGAAAAGGAGACUUUCCCAAUCUUGGUUGAACAAAAGUCUCUCUACUCCUUCGACCUUGAGGGCUACUGGAUGGACGUUGGUCAGCCAAAGGACUUCUUGUCUGGUUCCGUGUUGUACCUAAACUCUUUGUCCAAGAGAUCCCCACAAUCCAUGGCCAAGGGCGAAAACAUCGUCGGCAACGUCAUUGUUGACCCAUCCGCCAAGAUCGCCUCGACUGCCAAGAUCGGUCCUGAUGUCGUUAUCGGUCCUAACGUUACCAUCGGAGACGGUGUCAGAAUUACCAGAUCUGUUGUGUUGUCCAACUCUCAUAUCAAGGACCACGCUUUGGUCAAAUCCACCAUCGUUGGCUGGAACUCCACCGUUGGUAAGUGGGCCAGAUUGGAAGGUUGUACCGUCUUGGGUGAUGAUGUUGAAGUCAAGGACGAAGUCUAUGUCAACGGUGGUAAGGUCUUGCCUCACAAGUCUAUCUCGGCUAAUGUUCCAAAGGAAGCUAUUAUCAUGUGA